UUGAAUCGGCGCUUGCGAAACUACAGAAGGCACAGCUGAGGCACUCCAGAGGUCUGGCACAGUAGAGCCCUUUGCAGGGUUUCUGAAGCAGUUGCUUCAGUAAAGCUCUCGGAGUUCGCCAUUAUCCUUCAGAGAACUUGAGCUGUUCUUCAUGGUGCGUUUGACCUGUCAUGGUUGUUAGCUUCAAAGAAGGAAUGCCGCUUGUCACUGCUGCUAUUUUUGCAAUGUGCAACCGCUAAUGGUUGCAAUCGCAGAACGGGACCAGGAGCAGUUGCUUUUUGCUGGUCAUUUUUUACUUUCUUGUUUUGGCUUUGCCAUGUCCCGCGUCCCACCGGAUCCCCGGGAAGCUUGACUUCAUGGCGCGACAACUGCGACUGCAUUUUGCUUCGCGGAGAAGCAACACCGACCCGCUGUCAGAGACUUGCACCGGUCGCUCCGAGGAAAGCGGGUUUACAAAUACUGGCCGUAGCUCUAGCGAGGGCCUGGUGCAGAGUUCCCUCCACAUGAAGGUGACUCCAGGACAGCUGGCUCUGGCUUUGCCACCCUUGUCACCAGAGUACGGUAAUUUACAGCGGCACUCCACUGUAUUUAUCCCCAAGGUGAACGUGAGCAGGAAAAGCAUGCUGCAGAUCUCCUUGCAGCCUUGCGGAGGAGAUGGAGAGCUCGCCAGCUGUGAGAGCGGAAACGGGGAUGGAGGUUCCUGCAGCAGCAGCACCACGAGCGAUGCCGGCUACUGCAGCAGCAACAGCAUAUUUGAAGCGGACGUCCCAGAUCGCAAGCCGAUCUCUCGGCGGAAGGCGAGGGCACCAUUGCGGCGUUGCUCAUCCUUGGUGAUUUUCCCACGGAGCCCAUGCACCACGCCGCCCGCGUCCCCCGUCAGUCCGGUAGUGUCUCCCAUGAUUCCUCCGCUGCCUCCAUCUGCGCGAAGUUCCUUUCAGACCUCACAUCAGAUGCAGCUGUCCAGCGUUGAUGCGUCGCACGAUGAAACAUCCAAGGGAUCCGUCGCCACUGCAGUUAAUGGUCUGCGGCUCUCCAAAACCAGUACGUCAGCAGAACACAGGGACGCCAAACCUAUUGUGCAUUUCAGCGUUCCUCCGGAGCAACCGCCAGGACCAGAGCGAACGGAAAGACACUCCAGCGUUGUAUUGCACUUCGCAAGCCAGCGACCACUUCCCUCAGGGAAAGGAAGUUUGGCCAAAACAAAGGUUAGCAUCGACUGUUCCAAACUUCUCGAGGGCCCACAAACCGACAACGUCCCGGAACCCCAGAAAGCCAGGCUUUUCCGGAGCACCUCAGCCUGCAUGCUGCCAAGCGGAAGGCCGUCGUCGACGGAAAGAAGACACGCCACUUUUCCGACAUCGGAUAAGUCCUCAAGAAAAGGGUCACAUCACAUCCUUCACAGGAGUAUUUCUUUGGAGGUACCCUGUGCGAACGCUGAGAUUUCUUGUCGCGUUUCAAAUGCUGCAGAUGUGCACUCCAUAAAUGGCCCUCCGCACGUACACAUCCACGUAUCUCACGGCACAAGUGCAAGAAAAUCAAACACCCUGCAGGACAACAGCAUAAACGGUGAAACGGAUCAUGUUCCAACCUGCACGGAGAAAAAUGAUACCACGAGGGACGACUUCCUCGGACAAGUGGACGUUCCUCUGCACCAGAUCCCCACCGAAAAUCCCAACAAUGAAAGGCCGUACACUUUCAAGGACUUCCUGUUGCACCCGAGAAGUCACAAGUCGAGGGUGAAAGGUAAUCUGCGACUGAAGAUGACAUACCUGCCCAAAAACAGCGACACGGAGGAUGACCCAGCCGAACAGAACGAGAAUCUGGAUCCUGGUUGGGAGUUUUUGGAGCCUCAUGAAUUAUGCAGUCCUCACCAUCCUCACCAGCUGCCUGCGCUGCCCCCUGGCUGGGAGGAGAGGCAGGACAACCUGGGACGAACCUACUAUGUCAACCACGAGAGCAGGACCACCCAAUGGCACAGACCCACCAUCCAGGACAGUCAAAGAGACAAUGAACAGAGACAGGAUACACACAGCGAGUCCCAGCGGGCGUUCCUCACACGCAGACAAAUAUCUGAACAUGGCGAGAACCACGAGCGCAGAGAGUCACCUGAGCCGCAGGGUCACGGCAGCCGCAGAGGAAGUGGUCAGACCCUAACGGUGGAAGAGCAUCCUGUUCACCCCGUGUUAUUACCCACGUCUGCCGGGCUGCCUCCGGGAUGGGAGGAGAAGCAGGACAGUAAAGGGAGAAUUUAUUAUGUCAAUCACAACAGCAGGAUGACUACCUGGACACGACCGCUCAUUCAGCUCAUACAGCCGCCCUCUGAGGCCGCAGCAGCGGUGGCGGGUGCUGCCUUGAAUCCCACAGUCUACGCUCCGCCGCUGCUCUCCCCGGAUGUGUCCCCUCAGCACACACUCUCUCACUCGCCGGAGCACACGGGCCUGAUGCCGGCCGGCUGGGAGGUGCGCAGCGCUCCGAAUGGACGGUCCUUCUUCAUAGACCACAACACUAAGACCACCACAUGGGACAACCCCCGGCUGAAGGUUCCUGUGCACAUGAGGAGAAGAGUCUCCCUUGACCCCACUGACCUCGGCCCACUGCCGCCUGGUUGGGAGGAGCGAGUACAUGGUGACGGCAGAAUCUUCUACAUCGAUCACAAAACAAAAGCCACACAGUGGGAGGAUCCAAGACUACAGAGUUCAGCCAUCACUGGUCCAGCCGUGCCUUACUCCAGAGACUAUAAACAGAAAUAUGAUUACUUCCGCAAGAAACUCAAGAAACCAGCUGACAUCCCGAACCGCUUUGAGCUGAAUGUGAGACGUAACGCUCUUCUGGAGGACUCGUACCGGCGCAUUCUGUCCGUCAAACGCUCGGACCUGCUAAAGGCCCGCCUCUGGGUGGAGUUUGAGGGGGAGAAGGGGCUGGACUAUGGGGGUGUGGCCAGGGAAUGGUUCUUCCUGAUCUCCAAGGAAAUGUUCAACCCAUAUUAUGGGCUGUUUGAGUAUUCUGCCACGGAUAACUACACCCUACAGAUCAACCCCAACUCAGGUCUGUGUAACGAGGACCAUCUGUCCUAUUUUAAGUUCAUCGGCCGGGUGGCUGGGAUGGCCGUUUAUCACGGGAAGCUGUUGGAUGCAUUCUUCAUCCGGCCCUUCUACAAGAUGAUGCUGCAGAAGCCAAUCACGUUACAGGAUAUGGAGUCAGUGGUGAGUGACAGGCACAGCUCAACCAAUCAGCAUCAAAUUCUGUUAUAUUUAAACUUCAAGGAAACCACUUUUAAAAACACCAAAUAUAAAAAUGGCUACAACCCAAAUCACCCUGUCAUCAUCUGGUUCUGGAAGACGGUGUUGCUGAUGGAUGCAGAGAAGCGAAUCCGUUUGCUGCAGUUUGUGACGGGAACGUCCCGCGUACCGAUGAACGGCUUCGCUGAGCUCUACGGAUCCAACGGGCCGCAGUUGUUCACUAUCGAACAGUGGGGUGCGAGGGACAAACUGCCUCGAGCGCACACCUGCUUCAACCGGCUGGAUCUCCCUCCGUAUGAGUCGUUCGAGGAGCUCCGUGAGAAGCUGCUCAUGGCGAUUGAAAACGCUCAGGGCUUUGAUGGGGUGGAUUAGACUCCGGCUGCCACGGCAACAGCGUAACCAUGGCGACAGCAUCAGGACCAUCAGGGCAUGUGCGAGCGGCUCUACGGGAAACGAGGACACACCGUUAUAAAAUCACAAAUCUGUAUGUUUCUGAUGUUUACAGAAUAAAGUUUUGUAAUGUACUCUUGCAUACAGCUGUAUGUCUCUACGUACAAGAUUUCGAAACAUCUAUAGAUUUGAUCGUAUCUAUGCAUUUGAGCAUAAUUGAGGAAUCGUGUAUUUCUAAUAUGAGCUUUUAAGUCACGCGUUAUGGAUGUGCACUAUUUGGCUGAUGAGAUUUCCCAACAUGCACAAUGUGAGACCAUUAUAUUUCUGGCAGUCUGUACAAAUAAUGUUAUUUUUUCAUUUGUUUUUGAAUUUUUAAAAAUUCUGAUGUAUCCAGGCAUCAUUGUUUGUACAGAUCAAAUGCUCUAUUGCUCUUAAUCAUGAUUUUUCCUCACUUUGACUUUGUUUACAUGUGUUUUUGUUUACAGAUUGCCCACUUUUGAAAACCAUAUGAUUAUUAAAAUCUUUUUUUUUUACUGCUUUUGAAGGUUGAAGCAUUUUUCUAAAAUCAUAAGGUUCAAGUCUUACUAUGUAUAGAUCACCUCAGUCAAGCUGUAUUGAGACAAAUCAUUGCUUUAUAUAAUUUACUAAAUGUUUACAGCUUAAAUAUUGCUUAAAGUAGGCACAUUUUGUCUUGCAAGAAACGUAUCAGACUGUUAAAUAACUUUGCCUUCAUUUGUACUAUAAAACUAUUCGAUUCUGUGUGCUGACGAGCAACUUUUAAUGAGGAAACACUUUUAUCGUCGAUACUGUUGUUUAAUUAGACACUAUUAUAUGAACUGCAUUUCUACAAAUGUUUUUGGCACUGACGAGAGUGAGUUUCAGAAAGGAUUGUCUAUUAAAGAUUUAUGAGCAAAAGUGUCUUUCGUUUUAUUGUAAAUUGUGCUGAUUUUAAUGGUCACGCC